GGAAAUGUAAAUUUCUCCUGGAAAUUACUGCGAACGUUUCUUGGCUUUCCCUUAAUGAUGGAGCAGAAUGUUGAAGAUGAUGAACUCUGCUCUUCAGCCGGCACAAUAGAGAUGGAACUGAAGUCUGAACUUGAAGAUAUCAAAACUGAAAAUGAAGACACUUGCUACGAAUUCAUUGAGGAUCCAUGGGCUGGCCAAAAUCCGAAUAAUGUUAACAAUUUAUCAAAUCUGGAAGAAUGUUUGGCCUUUCCACUAUCUUCAAUUAUUCCAGCUCAUAUAACAGCCCCUAGUGCAACCCAGGAGAAUCAUUCGUUGGAAGCACUUAGAUGUCACAGUUGUUCAUACUUAUGUUACUCAGAAGCAGACUUGGUACUGCACGAAAAUACCCAUACCUUGAAACAAUGCUCAGAAUGUUCAUUUACAACAAUCAGUAAAGCUGAUUUAGAUAAUCACUGGAAGAAAGUACACAAAGGCAGAAAAAUACACAAUUGUCAGAAGUGCGGGUUUUCUUCAAAGUACAAGGCAGGGCUUUCUAGUCACAUGAGAAGUCGUCACUUUGAUGAAAAACCUUUCAAAUGUUCAGAGUGUGGCAAGUUGUUCUCUUUAAAAGUUGGUCUUGUUAACCACAUGAAGGCACAUGAACGUCAACGUCAAAAACUGAAAUGUUUGCUGUGUCCUUUUACCACUCUUGACAAAUCCACUUUCGAAGAGCACCAAAAAAUCCACGAGAAACUAUUUAAAUGUCCAGAUUGUUCCUACUCUAGUGAUCGUAAGUCAUUGCUGGUUUGUCAUCUAGCUACUCAUUCUGGUAUCAAACCGUUCAAAUGCGAAUACUGUCCUUUUACUACAGCAAGAAAAGAUUAUAUAAAAAUUCAUCAGAAUACACACACUGGUGAAACACUGUUUCCCUGUUCAGAAUGUUCCUAUGUUGGACGUUCCAGGCACAACCUUAGGAGGCACCGACAAACUCACUCGACUAACAAUGAUAAACCUUUUAAAUGCCCUACCUGUUCAUAUGCCACCAAACGUAGAUCUACUCUUGCUCGUCAUACAAAUAUACACUUAACUGUAAAGCCAUUCAAAUGUCCAUGUUGUCCUUAUGCUUCUGCCGACAUAGCGUCUCUAAACAGGCACAGAAAUAAACACAGUGACACUGAAUGUUCAUUUGUUGGUGACACAGCUGCUUUAAAAAACCAUCAGCUAUGUCACAUUAGUCGGGGUAAACAGUACAAAUGUCCUGAUUGUCCGUACGCUACAUACAGAAAUCAGCUUUUUAUAAUUCACCGGAGGAGGCACACAGGAGAAAGACCAUUCAAAUGUAAAAUGUGCAAAUAUAGUACUACCUCCAAAUCAGUUCUGGUCCUCCACCAAUCCCGACACUCCAACACAAAACAACACAAAUGUCCUCGAUGUCCUUUCAGAACUUUAAAGAAGGCUGCUUUAGCCGCUCAUAAGAAGACUGAGAAUCACGAGCUACCAAAACCAUUUAAGUGUGCAGUAUGUCCAUACGUGGCUGCAUUUAAAUCACUCCUUGUUCGACAUGAAACCAGACACUCUGGAGAAAAGCCGUUUAAAUGCAAGCUUUGUUCCUUUGCUUCCUCUACCAAAAGGCAUCUUGGCUUCCAUCAAAGUCACCACACUGGAGUUAAACCAUUAAAGUGCAAAGAAUGUUCUUAUGCUACUGUGUCCAAAUCAAGCUUAAAUUUACAUGAAAAGAUACAUUGGGCAGAAAAACCGUUAAAGUGUGAGGAGUGUCCGUAUACUUGUGUCCAAAAUGCUGCUCUUGUAGUUCAUCGUAGGACACAUACCGGUGAAAAGCCUUUUAAAUGCCCAGAUUGCCCCUAUGCUGGUGCUCAAAGAUCUUCCGUUAUCUUUCAUCGAAGAAACAAACAUGGUAAUGGAGAAAAACCAAAGAAAACUUUCAAAUGUUCCGAACCUGGUUGUGACUAUGCCACGGUUAUGAAAUGUACUCUUGUAAUCCACACGAGGAGUCACACUGGCGAAAAACCAUUUCAAUGUUCAGACUGUGAAUAUGCAGCGGCUUCUAAGGGGGAUCUAAAUAAACACCAGAGAAUCCACACUGGCGAGAAACCCUUUAAGUGUCCUGAUUGUAACUACGCAUCCACUCAAACUUCCAGUCUUGCCACACACCGGAAGAAAAAACAUCCAGUUAAAGAGUAGGUCUUAUUGUUAAGUAGUUGUUGAGCAGUUGUUAAAGGCGAAAAGGUCUAUAUUUCUAGAUAGUAUUAACGCCCACUGAUAUUCCAAGACAUCUGCAGUAUUAUGUUCACUUGCUUAUCGCUGACUUUUGUUGCUAUUUUUAUAAAUCUCAUUUUUAUACAGCUCAUUAGAGAUAUUUUAUGAACCUGCAGAGCUUUAAUGGGAUCGAGUUAUUAACCGUCUCUUAUAUUAUUGUUAAAAUGUUUGCAUGAAAUCCUGGCUGCCUGACUGUAUGCUUUUUAUGUUUUCAUUAUUAUUUUUUAUUAAACAAUUUUAUUGGAAAUAUCAUUUAUAAUUUGUACUAGAGUAGCUUAACAAUUGAAACAUGCAUAGUGAAAUCCUAUUCAUAUUACAGAAUUAAAAUUGCUGUUGUUGAGUACACAAAUGGAACAAAUAUUAAUGUUAACUAACACACUGAAAAUAACGAUAGGAAUAAAAUUAUACAUAACUUGUAACUUGUUUAUUCUAGAACUAAUUAAAUUUUAAUUCCUACCCUUUUCCCUUCUUCGAUCGUUUCUAAAUAAAUAAAUAGCAGUCGUUCGCGUUGCUAUGACACUGAGAGGCCGGUCAAAGUUUGUAAUUAGCAACUACUAAAUAUUAUAUCGUUCUCUAAUUACACAAUUACACGCAAAUUAGACUUAUUUCAACAGACCCCGGUUAAGGAAAAUAUCAUAAGUCUCGCUGUGUUAUCCAAGGAGUAAUCAAACAUGGGCUUACUGUGUGCACCUUAUUAACGACCUUAUUAAUUAAGCACCUUACAUAACGUAGCAUAGAUUUAAAAAACUAAAUCGUACGUUUAUCACCUUAAAUAGUAUCACUGAUCACAAGACAAUAUAACUUUCAGAUUUAUGUCGAUGGAGAUCUUUACCGAGAGUGAGCUGUAGCGGCAGUUCUUGAACCAUCAGCUUUUAUUUUCCUUCUUUGUUUUGAACAUGUCUCAAAUUCUACAGCUUGUGUUCAGGGUAUCUGCCUUCUGGUUCCUCGUCAACCUCAUUCACAUCCUCCUUACCAAGCUACUAGGAGAGAAGUAUAACUUUUACCUCUCCAGAAACGGCAUAUUCAUCAAAUUUGUGCAACUGCAAUGGCACACAAAACGCUUUAACUCAACAAUAAUGGAAGGGUUCGUCCGGCGGUACAGCUCUAAGAUAGCUUUGUGGUUUACUUGUGGGGCGUAUUUCGGGAUUAUCGCAAUGUUCUCCUCCAUCUUCAUUCUAAUGUACACUUUCGUGGUUUCAUUCGUUAAAGAUACAGAAGACUCAAGUAAGAUUCUCACACCAGUUGUCCCUGGUGUCAACUUACCCAACAGCCAGAUAGUCCCUUAUCUUUUAACUCUUCUUGUUUCUGGAAUAUUCCACGAGUAUGGUCACGCUCUAGCUGCAGCCAGGGAGGGUGUGUCCAUGUAUGGGGCCGGUUUGUUCAUGUUCCUGAUAUACCCAGCUGCUUUUGUAGAUCUAAACACGGAGUCACUGAAAUGUUGUGACGCCUUCCAGAGACUGAGGAUAUUUUGCGCGGGAGUUUGGCAUAACUGUAUUAUGAUGGUUGGAGCUUAUGUUAUAUGGACUUCUCUACCUUUCACACUUUUCUUCCUUGGUUACACGAAGGAACAUGCAGUCACCGUCACAUCAGUUGAUCACGGUACAGCUCUAUUUAACCAAGUUUACUCUGGAACUAAGAUCUACACUGUCAAUGACUGUCCUGUGAUCGAUAAAGUUACAUGGGGACAGUGUCUGUGGAAAACGUACGAUAAAACUCAACUCAUGGGAAACUGUGCAGACAGUUCCAUCUUAUCAGACCUGAAAUCAAACACAGACUGCUGCCAAGAAGGGGUGACAUCACCUAAAAGUGUUUGCUUCAACAGCACGCUAGACUCACAAUGUCUCCACGCCCGACGUGUACUAGAUCAACUAACCUGCAGUACAGAUUCAGACUGUAGUGCAGGACACUGUUAUAAACCGCACACAAGUGAGGGGUAUCUCCUGCAACUCAUACACUCGUCCUCAGAGGAGACUGCACUGUUUAUAGGGGACCCCUCUCACUUGUACUAUACUAUACAUCUCUCUGAUUACUCCUCGAGGUGGUUCUGGGCGGAGGUGCCCAACUGUAUUGAGAUCUUUAUGAUUUAUAUUGUAUCUCUGUCCGGAGCACUUGCUAUUUUCAAUGCUGUCCCGGCGUUUUAUCUCGAUGGGCAGCAUAUGUUAGACGCUUUUCUUGAGUUUGUUAUUGGUCAGAGCGGUUACCGAGUAUCUUCAAGUAUAAUUGGUAACUUUUCUUUUGUAAUACAGCUAUUUUCAACAGUUUUAAUUGCUAUCAAUGUCAUCAAUGCUUUUAUAUCCGUUUGCGUUAUGUAUCAGUAAGAACUAAGAAUGGGCAAUAAGUUUGAUACUCAGCAGCUUGUGUUUUGUUUCAAUAAAUAAUUUAAUAUUAAGUAUGAUAAGAUUAAUUUUUUUCGUUAUUUCAGACAUCCAGGGUUAUUAAAAGUUUAUUUUUGAAUGAUGUUAUUUUCAUCAAUCAUUUUGAUUUUAUAA